CGAGUGGGUCGACAUCAUAGUUUCUAAAUUACCGACUCAAAUUUUAGAAGCCUCAUGCAAAAGGAUUCCAGAAACACGGAGCACCUACUACGUAUUGGUGUGCCAUCCUGGGCUCCUGUAAUGGAAUGAGGCGCAGUCCUUACCUUUAAAAAGUUCACCCUGUUGCAGGGGAGGAGAGAAAUAAAGCAAAUGUAUCCAUUAGGAUGUCCAGACCAGGUACAAACAAAGCCCUACAGGCUUAAGGAGGAAAGAUUACAGCCCCUGAAGGUGGAUGGAGUUCAGGAGGAAGAGACUGUUUGAUACUGGCCUUGAAGGAUGAGUGAAACACAUAUGGGGUCAUCCCAGAUGAAAAGUGCAGCGCGAACAGAGGGGGAAAGGUGGGGAAGUUUGGAGACAAGUAGACCAACUUGCCAGGAGCAUAAAGUUCGGGAGCGAGAAUAGUAGGGGUUGGGGGAAGGAUAGGUUUUGAGAGGGUUAACUAGAAGUUCAAAAAUUGGGGCCUGCUUUGAUAGGCAAAGGAGAGCUAUUGAUGUUUGGGGUGUGUGUGUGUGUGUUUAAACAGGAAUCUGUUUAAACCAUCUAAGACAGAAUCAGUUGCCGUGCUGUAAAGCAUAAUUAAUUGUGCUCCUGCAGAGAUGAAGCUGGAAGGAUGGAUGGGAGGAGAGCGAUAGUUCUGGAUCCUGGCUGUACAUUAGAAACUCCUGGCAGGCUGAUGUCUGGGCUGCACUCCCAGAGAUUGUGUUUCAGCUGGUCUGCGUGGGGCCCAGGCACGCGUGGUUUUUAUUUUUAAAAAUUCUUAUAAUUCAAAUAUGCGGUUACAACUGAGAAGCAGUAGAAUAGAGAGUGGGUAGACAUGGGGAACCUAGUGAAGACAUGACAGUGGUUUGGAGAGAAUAACAGGGCAGGGGCCCAAACGCUGGAGCCUCACCGAUGAGGGUGGGGAGUCUAAAGUGAUACUGUCUCUACUGUCCUCUAGCUGGAGCCUCACUUGCUGAUGAAGGGAUGCAAGCAGGAGGACAGUGUAUGGCGGAGGAGAAGGAAAUGGACAUGUUGACCUGAAUUUUCAUGAAUCGACUUAAAGCCUCCAGAGAAGUAAAAUCCGUAGACCUUCCAAACUGCCACCUCAUUAAAGGAAUUGAAGCUGGUGCAGAUGAUAUUGACAUACUUCCCAAUGGUCUGGCUUUCCUCAGUGUGGGUUUAAAAUGUCCGGGACUCCACAGCUUUUCCCCAGAUAAGCCUGGAGGGAUACUAAUGAUGGAUCUAAAAAAAGAAAACCCGAGGGCUCUGGAAUUAAGAAUCAGCCGUGGGUUCAAUUUGGCUUCGUUCAAUCCACAUGGUAUCAGCACCUUCAUAGACAACGACGACACAGUUUAUCUCUUUGUUGUAAACCACCCAGAAUUCAAGAAUACAGUGGAAAUUUUUAAAUUUGAAGAAGAAGAAAAUUCCCUUUUGCAUCUAAAAACAAUCAAACAUGAACUUCUUCCAAGUGUGAAUGAUAUCAUAGCUGUUGGACCAGCACAUUUCUAUGCCACCAAUGACCACUAUUUCUCUGAUCCUUUCUUAAAGUAUUUGGAAACAUACUUGAACUUACACUGGGCAAAUGUUGUUUACUACAGUCCAAAUGAAGUUAAAGUGGUAGCAGAAGGAUUUGAUGCAGCAAAUGGGAUCAAUAUUUCACCUGAUAAAAAGUACAUCUACGUUGCUGAUAUACUGGCUCACGAAAUUCAUGUUUUGGAAAAGCACCCUAAUAUGAAUUUAACUCAAUUGAAGGUACUCAAGUUGGAUACGCUGGUGGACAAUUUAUCUAUCGAUCCUUCCUCGGGGGACAUCUUGGUAGGCUGUCAUCCUAAUGGCCAGAAGCUCUUCAUUUAUGACCCGAACAAUCCUCCGUCAUCAGAGGUUCUCCGCAUCCAGAACAUUCUAUCUGAGAAGCCUACUGUGACUACAGUUUAUGCCAACAACGGAUCUGUUCUCCAGGGAAGUUCUGUAGCCUCAGUAUAUGAUAGGAAGCUGCUCAUAGGCACUUUAUAUCACAGAGCCCUGUAUUGUGAACUCUGAAUUGUACUUUUGGUAUGCAAGUGUGCUAACUUCUUUUAACACUUACUUUUCUAUGAAUUGCUAACUGUUUGGGAAUUUAACCGGCGAAAUGGGCCCAGAAAUGUAUGACCUGUAUAGUUAAUUUUAUUUCGGUAAGGAAAGGCCCCUUCAGUUCUGAUAGCACUUUUAACACAGAAGGGAAAGGGACAGUUUUUAAAAAUGUGGAGUGAAGGAGAGAGGAGACAGCUGCUUCCGGUAAAGUGGAUUUUCACUGAACAAAGGAAACCUCGUCUCUGCCUUCCAAUGGCCAGAGCACACAUUCCACCGAAACAGGGUAGACUGUAUUUCCUGAAAAUACAAAUGACCUCAGCUCCAACAGGGUGACCACUGUGAGUGUUCAGAACUACUGAUAGGUGACAUUCGGAUGUUUUGUACUUACAUCUUUGUUUACUGUUAAUGCGUUGGAGUUCUAUUAAAAGCUAACUAAAAUCCGAA